AUGUAUCUGUUUGGGGAUCCUCUGAAUCGACAAACGUUCCGCGGCUCUUUCGUCGUAUCCUCAUGGGGCGUGGUGGAGAAGGAGGAGAAUGAUCUAGAAGUGAGGAACAGCACGCGUGAAACUGAACUCCGAAAGGCGCUUUAUGAUACUUACAGCAUGUCUGAAUUGCGAUCUUGUUUUGUAUCUGCUGAAAUUCUAGCUCUCGAUAGUGCGGAAGAAGGAGAUCGUGUACACUUUGAAGUAUCCUUCGAACCAAUCUUCACGGCAGUGAGCACAGCCGAGGUAGUCGCGGUGAUGGAACACGAGCUUAAAGCGCCCACCGCCUACUUCAAGACGAUAAGCACUCAUCCCGAGACACUACAAAUUGAGGAAAGUUCUGUUAUAUCUUCACAAGCCCUAAAAGAAGCAGACACUAUUGAAGAAGAGGUGACAACGACUGAAGCAAUGUCUUUUGAUAUUGUAGAGGAAGUGAGAGAGUGUUCGCCGUUGACUCUAACACUGUGUUCACAUCUGCCGUACAAUAUCACCACAUAUCCCAACUUAGUAGCACAUUCCUCAAAAGACGCAUUGCUACGAGACUUGGUUGCUUUUCGGGAGCUAUUGGACGCAGAAUGUUCUCAUCUAGCACAAGACUUCGUGUGCCAAAUGCUCCAACCGCGAUGUACAGAGGGACGGCUGGUGCGACCGUGCCGCUCUUACUGCCGCGCUUUUCAUGCAGGCUGCGGCGCGCGUUUGCCUGAACGUCUCCGUGCGCACUUCGACUGCGCGCGAUUCCCGGACUACUUCGGACCUGGCUCCUGCGCACCUGAACCUGAUUGUAGCGGCAGGUUGCAACGCAUGGCGCUGUCGCGGUGGUCGUGCGACGGCGUGCCGGACUGCGCGGACGCUGCGGACGAGCGCAGCUGCGCGCACUGCGCGGCGGCCGGCGGCGCAGCGCUGCGCUGCGCCCUGCAGCCACGCUGCCUGCCCGCACACCUGCGCUGCGAUGGCACGCCGGACUGCCCUGACGCCAGCGACGAGGCCGGCUGCCUGUGGAUAACUCGUUCCCUUGCAUCAUGGAAACGGGAGACUAGUGAGACCACGCUGGGCGCGAUCCGAAGUCGUGGUGGCUAUGCAGUAUGGGCGGAACGCGGCCGCACCGGCAAGAUCUGUGCUUCGCCUUACGACACUGACAAGAAGGCUCUAAUUAAUGUUGCCAAUUCGCUCUGCAAAGUUUUAACAUUCAGAUCUGCGUUGAGUGCUGAAGCUGUAGCUGAUGCAGAAGUGUACGAUGAAGAUAAGACUGAAGUAGACAACCCACCGGAGUACGUUGAAGUUGUUGAUCCGUCCGCUGCCGAAAUUUCUUUUGUUAAAAGCGAGUGCCCACAGCGAAAAGUAUUGAAGGUUGUUUGCGACCAGCUAGAGUGUGGCGUGGCAUCGGCACGCGGUGGGUCUGGGGGGUCGGGCGCAGCGGGGCUGGCUCGGUCCGCGCGGCCCGGCGACUGGCCGUGGCACGCGGCGCUGCUGCGGGCGCACGUGCACGUGUGCGACGCCGCACUGCUGCACCCCAACUGGCUCGUCACCACCGCCUCCUGCUUUCAGGGUCAACCUAAAGCCGAAUGGACAGCGAGAUUUGGCACUGUGCGUAUACAGAGCACGUCACCAUGGCAACAAGAGAGACGUAUCGUUGGAUUGGUUCGGUCGCCCGUGGAAGGCAGCAUGCUGGCCUUAGUUCGACUAGAAGAGCCUGUUGAAAUGACUGACUUUGUACGUCCGGCUUGCCUACCAGAGGGUAGAAUGGAUAACCAAAGCACCUGCAACACACUUGGUUGGACCAGGAAUAGGGAUCAGUUACAAAGAAUCCACGUAGUAGCAACCUCCAUGCAAACUUGCGAAAAUGUCAGUAUAGCCACUGCUAACGGCAUCUGUGCGGAACCACUGUAUGAUCAAGACGACUGUGAUGAGGAAGAAUAUGCAGGGAGUUCUAUGAUGUGUUUCAAUGAAAAAACCAAACAAUGGUCACUAGCCGGCGUUAGUGGAUGGCGGAUUGCUUGCAGUAAGAUUGGAUUGGGAAGACCACGAAUCUACGACUCUAUUUCAUCACACGUGGACUGGAUUCAAAAGACAAUAUCUAAUUCGGCAAGAUGA